GCUAUAGAACAGGCAUAAAUAAUGUGCUCAGUUCAUUAAACGUAGUCGGUGUGAGUUGCUCUUUCCUUUGUUGUGUUUGGGGUAGGAACCAAAGUCCCUCUAGAAGUAGCGUGUGGUUUGCACUGAGCGGGGCCGUGGGGUGCACUCGCCCAACGAGGAAAAGCAUACUUCUUGUGAGUAAGCUUCAGGAACACAGCGGGCACCGAUGGCUGAGGUGGGCGAGAAAGCGGACGCGAAGAGAGCCGCCGCCGCCGCGGCGACGACCAAAGUGCGCGAGGCCGCGCUGGCCCUGACCGCGUCGGAGCCGGAGAAGGCCUUCCUGAAGGAGAGGCCCUUCCCCUGCACCCUGUGCGACAAGAGGUUCCUGAGCAAGAGCCACUUCAGGGAGCACCAGCGCGUCCACACCGGGGAGCGGCCCUUCCCCUGCGGGCAGUGCGACCGCUCCUUCACCACCCAGCACAACCUGAAGCGCCACCUGACCAUCCACGAGAAGGAGGAGAGCUACCGCUGCCGCCGCUGCGGCGUGCUCUUCUGCCACGUGCACAAGAACGCCUCCAGGGCCCCGCCCAAACCCAAGCACCGCCGGCACCCCAAAGCCGCGGGGCCUCCCCCCGGCCCGCUGUCCUCCUCGAAGGCCGCCUUCGCGGCGACCCACCCCGCCUCCAAGAAGAAGGCCGGUCAGGGCCCCUCGCCGUCGGAUCGGGCGGCGCGCGUGCAACGCAAGGGGGUGGAGCCUGGGGUGGUGACCUUGCGCAGGAAUGCGGGGGGGCUGCAGAAUAAAAUUGCCUAUGACAUAGAAGUGGUGCUUUAAUUCUGUGAGGGAAAAACCGGGGGUGGGGGGGUGUCCCUUCUGACCUAGAAAAACGUACGGUAUUUAUGAACGUAAAUACCGUAAUAAAUAUCAUAGAACCUGGGUGUGGAGAAACAGCACAGAUUCUAUAGACCCAAGAGGCUCUUUAUUCUUUACGCAGAAAGUUCCGGCUCCCUACCGGUGAAGCCGAACAGUUCCAGCCCAGUGCACCCCACAAAGCUAAAUAAAGGGGGUGUGAGUACAUGUGGCACUCUGGCAAUGGAUGUUCUUGGCUAUACUCAGGAAUACAGGAGCUGAGCAUCUGGUUAGUCUAUAGAAUCUGUGAUGGCAGUAAAAUCAAUCUGAAGUGAUCAUUUUGAAUGGUAAGGGACUUUUUUUGGGGGGGGGGGGGGGUGCUUGUAGUCCCGAAGCAUGGUAUAGUCUAAAACUGGAGAAUCUGAUUAUGUCUGGGAUUAGAUAUUCAUUUUAUCCUCUCAUACUUAAAGCUUUAUAUUCCAGCUCAAGUGCUUACACCUGUUUUUGUUAAUUUUUUUAAUUUUGAUUUCUUUUUUAUAGCCGUGGAUAAUUGAAGCAUUGUGUAAAACAGACUAUGUAUGGCUCUAGUUCUGUGGGCAUCCUACAAUCAUGUUUACUGGGCCAGUAAUACUCUACCUCAUAUUUACACUGUUACGAAUGUCUGAUAAGCCUUUGUUGUAGGUUUGAAUAUUAAAUGUAUCUUUAGUGUGCCUUUCCAGAGUCUGUCCUUGUACGAGUACUCUCUUCAGUUAGUUCUCUUCACCAUUUUCAGGAAAAUUUUACUGAAAUCACUGAAAUGAAUGUAUUCAUUACCCAAUUAUGUUGUAGCUUUUUACCAUGUUUCUCCCCUUCAGUCAUUGAUAUAACCAGUCCUUUUUUUUUAAGUUGUGCUUUUUGUACACUGUAAUCUUUAGAUUAGUUGCAUGAAUACACGCAUUGAGGGUUUACAUAGCCAUGGACUGUACUGUGUAUUAUUUUAUGUCUUUACUUUAUAAAUUAGAUGGGGCACUAUUAUGAGCUGUUUGGUCAUUUCUUGCGGGUGCAAUAAAUCCUACUGGAAAUGACUCAUAAA